AUGUCGGCUAGAUAUUGGUGCCUCCUGUUUCUGGUAUAUACCCUGCUCAGAGGUGCAAACUCUGCAGUCUCCUCUGAAUGUAAAUCAUACGAAGAACGGUCGAAAACUGGUGAAAAAGUGGUCUGUAGCAACAUGGAGCUCCAGCAGGUGCUGCCUGCCCACUCUUUCCCCAACAGAACAGUCGCACUGAUCUUAAGCACCAAUAAAAUUCAGGAACUCCUCAAUGGAUCCUUCAUGGGAAUGUCUGCACUGGAGAGGCUGGACAUACGGAAUAACAUUAUCUCACGCAUCGAGCCUGGAGCCUUUCUGGGACUUGGAGCUCUCAAAAAAUUAGACUUGUCCAACAAUCGUAUUGGCUGCCUCAAUGUGGAUAUAUUCAAAGGCCUGACAAAUUUGGUCAAACUCAACCUUUCAGGAAACAUGUUUUCAUCAUUGUCUCCAAGGACAUUUGACAGCCUUGUCUCUUUAAAAACACUAGAGUUUCAGAGCCCUUACCUACUGUGUGACUGUAACCUGCAAUGGUUGGUACGCUGGAUCAAAGAGAAGGAGAUAUCAGUGAGGGACACGUACUGCGCCUACCCUCGCUCACUACAGGGCCAGCCCAUAAACUCCCUCAAACCCGAAAAGCUCACCUGUGAUGCACCCCUGGAGCUUCCCUCUUUCCAGAUGACUCCUUCCCAGCAUCAGAUUGUUUUUCAGGGAGACAGUCUGCCUUUCCAGUGUAUGGCUUCUUUUGUAGACGAGGACAUGCAGGUGCUCUGGUACCAGGAUGGCAGGAUGGUAGAGCCUGAUGCCACCCAAGGGAUCUACAUAGAAAAGAGCAUGGUGCAAAACUGCUCACUUAUUGCCAGUGCUCUGACUAUCUCCAACAUCCAGCCAGGCUUUACUGGAGACUGGGAGUGUCGGGUGCGUACUAGCCGAGGCAACAACACCCGCACGGUGCACAUCGUAGUUUUAGAGAACUCCGCCAAAUACUGUGCUCCUGAGAGGGUCUCCAACAACAAAGGAGAGUACAGAUGGCCUCGUACACUGGCAGGCAUCAUGGCUUUCCUGCCCUGCGCACGGCAGGUGACUGGUACAGGCAUCUACUCGGGCGGCUCAGCCGAGGCCCGGCGUGCCAGGAGGCGGUGUGACCGCAGUGGGCACUGGGCAGAGGAGGAUUACUCCCGCUGCGAGUACAUGAAGGACACCACCCGUGUGCUCCACAUCAUUAAUCAGAUGGCUUUAAACCUGACCAAUGCAAUGCAUACAGCACAGCAGCUCCUGGCGUACACUGUUGAAGCCCCUAAUUUCUCUGACAAGGUGGACGUGAUCAUCGUGGCUGAAAUGAUCGAGAAGAUUGGGAUGUUUGCUGAAAAGUAUAAAGAUUUAGGUGACGUGAUGUUGGAUAUAUCCAGUAAUCUGAUGCUGGCUGAUGAGCGGGUGUUAUGGAUGGCGCAGAAGGAGGCACGUGCUUGCUCCCGGAUCGUCGAGAGCCUGCAGAGGAUUGCACUACUCCGUCUGGCUAGUGGAUCUUACUACAGGAACUCCCACAACAUUGCUGUGGAGGCACAUGUGAUCAAGGCCAACAACUUCAAUGGCAUGACCUGCACACUGUUCCAGAAGGUGGCAUUAGAACGCCCUUUGAUUCCCCAUCUGCACCCAAACUUGCACCCUGACAUUAACCUGGACCGUCAACUCAGCUUCAAAUGCAACGUCUCAAGCAAUCUCUCUUCUCUCGCUCUAAAGAACACAAUCGUGGAGGCGUCUGUGCAGCUUCCUCCAUCUCUCUUCUCCUCGUUGCCGGGCUCAGGUCAGGCAGACGACGGCAUCUAUAAGAUCCAGUUGCUGGCUUUUCGCAAUGGCAAGCUCUUUCCUUCUACAAGCAACUCUACCAAGAGGAGGAGUGUUGUCACCCCUGUGAUCCUCACCAAGAUUGACGGUCUCUCUUCUCAGGCUCUGCAUGGUCGGGUGAACGUGACUCUGCGGCGCUUCAUGCAGGGCUCAGACCCUGUGGCUGCACGCUGGGAUUUCUCAGCUCAGGAUGGCCAGGGGGGUUGGCGAACAGACGGCUGCGUCGCCCUUCAGCAUGAUGCCAACUUCACCACUCUCUCUUGUGACUCGCUCAGUAACUACGCCCUGCUGAUGGAUCUGAGCACAACGGAGUCCAGUACAUACACCUUCAAGCCACUCCACCCAGUCAUCUACGUCGCAGCCUUCAUACUUAGUCUCUGUUUGCUGGCCAUCAUCGUCAGCUACAUUUACCAUCACAAGUCUGUGUGUAUCAGUAAGAAAUGCUGGCACAUGCUGGUGAACCUCUGCCUGCAUAUUCUCCUCACAUGUGCGGCUUUCGCUGGGGGCAUUAACCAGACACGCUAUGCCAGUGUGUGCCAAGCGGUGGGCAUAGUACUGCAUUACUCCACUCUUGCUACAGCCCUGUGGUCCGGAGUCACUGCUCGAAACAUUUACAAACAGGUCACACGCAAAACCAAACAAUAUGAAGAGCUGGAUGAACCUCCACCCCCUCCCAGACCCAUGCUGAGAUUUUACUUGAUAGGUGGCGGCAUUCCGAUAAUCGUUUGUGGCAUCACUGCAGCUGCUAACAUCAAAAACUAUGGCAGUCGUCCCAGUGCACCUUACUGUUGGAUGGCAUGGGAGCCCAGUCUUGGUGCAUUCUAUGGUCCAGUGGCUUUCAUCAUCUUUGUGGACUGCAUGUACUUCCUGAGCAUUCUCCUUCAGUUGCGGCGCCACCCGGAGAGACGCUUUGAGCUCAAAGAACAGUCAGACGAGCAGCAGCAUCUCGCCGAGGCUGAGGUACCUGGGGUUUCUUCUGGGACAGAUUCACCUGGACCAUUAGCUCUGUCAGCACUGGAGAAUGAACACACCUUCCUGGCACAGCUGAUCGGUGUCGCCGGAGCCCUGGCACUCUACGUGCUACUGUGGCUGUUUGGUGCCCUGGCUGUUUCUCAGGAACAUCCGUUGGAUUUGGCGUUCUCUUGCCUGUUUUGCGUGGCUGCUUUGGCACUGACUGCCUUCCUUUUGGGUCAUCACUGUGUUAUGCGACAAGACAUGCGCCGCCACUGGGCACAGGCCUGCUGCUUCGGCCAGCAGAGGUACGCCAUGCAAAUCGAUGCCCUCCUAGCACCAGUGCCAGCUGAUCUGAGUGGCUCGAAUAAUACUGGGAAUGGUGAAGCAGGGCGGUGCCAUGCAAGCGGCACAGAAUCUUCCUGUACCAACAAGAGCGCGGCAAGUGUGCGCAACUCUACACAAGGCUGCAAGCUGACCAAUUUGCAAGUAGAAGCAGCACAGUGUAAAUUAGCUCCAGCGCCAGCCAAUGGUGCCGCCCAGUUGGACAACAGUUUAACGGAGCACUCGUUGGACAACGAGAUCAAGAUGCACGUCGCCCCGAUUGAAGUCCAGUACCAUCCAAAUAUCAGCACCAAUGGUCAGACUGGAAUAGUAAACACAAGUGCUAACAUUAACGGACACUCAGGACGCCACCAUAAGAAUAGAGCGCGAGCUCAUCGUGCCAGCCGGCUCACGGUUUUGCGCGAGUAUGCCUACGAUGUACCUACCAGUGUAGAAGGCAGCGAGCACAGUGCCCCACAAAGGCGCCCCCAUCACGAGAGCCUACAAGCCCGGAACAGUCGGCGUGCCGCGUACCUGGCAUAUCGGGAGCGCCAGCAGAGCCAGGUCCAACAAGACAGCAGCGACGCCAGCGCCAGCUUGCCCCGUCGCACGCGCCACUAUGACCGGGGUGCCAAAAAAGCCACAGACACCAACGGCCUUGGAAACAGCCGCCUCAGGAACAGUCUGGGAAAUGGUAUAAACAGUGAGGUGAGUAGCAACCAAAGUAAUGGGAUUAGUAAUGGAUGUGUAGCUGUGGAAGCAACUGAGCCUGAAGUAUCAGGCUCAGUUAAAGACUGCUCAAUGCAGCCCCUUAGCGUCGAACUAGAGGUACAGUCCAAGUCCUACGGAGUGAACUUGGCAUCGGAAAACGGAACUGCCAAAAGCUCAGAGAGGCACCAGAAUUUGUCGCCUCUGAACACGGACAGUUCAGCCACCGUUAAGACUGGUUUGUGGAAACAUGAAACUACGGUGUAGCUUAGCGAAAAAUGAUUUAUUUUAAUUAAGAUUUUACUGUGAACUCUUUUUUGGAACAAAAUAUUUUAAGUGUUUUAAAAAGGUUUAUGAACAAAUGUUUGUAAGAAAAAAAAAACUUUGUAUACCACCUGCUAGAAGAACUUUAAAGGGUCUGUUUUGUAUCAUAUAUUUCUUUUUAAUAUGUGCACAUGAUGUAUGGUAAGCUGCCCAUUAUUAUGGGUAAAAACAGGCCUAGUCUUUGGUUUAAAAACAUGUUUUGGCAGAAUUUAGUGAAUUGUUUGCA